AUGGCUAAACAAGACAAUACCUUUCUAUACGAUAAAGACGAAAAAGUGCUAUGCUAUCAUGGACCAUUUAUAUAUGAAGCAAAGAUCUUGAAAAAAGAAAGACGAUUGGACGAGACCGAAGGUCAAGAAGUGAAUCAGUAUUUUGUUCAUUAUAAAGGCUGGAAGCAAACUUGGGAUGAAUGGAUCACUGAAGAUCGAGUUUUAAAGUAUACAGAAGCGAAUUUACAGAAACAACGACAGUUGAAAGAAUCAACAACAAAAAGAAAGCCUUCGAGAGCAUCUUCUUCAACGAUACCUUCGAUACAUGAUAUGGGCGAGUCAAGGAGUAGGAAGAGAAACAGGGAUUCUAGUCAAGACAAGAUAAAGCUGGAAGAAGAGUCAAAGAGACCUGAGUUCAAAGUGACUAUGCCGGAAUCAUUGAAGGGCUUACUGGUAGACGAUUGGGAGAAUAUUACAAAAAAUAAGCAGAUAUUGCGAAUACCUAGAAGUAUUACUGUGGAUAAGAUAUUAGAAGAUUAUACCAGUCAUCGUUUAUGUGAUACCACUGACAUAUCAAACUUAUUUAGGAAGGAUGAGAUACUCGAUGAAUUUAUUUCUGGUCUACGCCUUUACUUUAACAAGACUUUAGGUGUAUCUUUGCUAUAUCGUUACGAGCGAAAACAAUACGAAGAGGUAUGCAAAAACCGACGCAUCGAACCCAGUACAGUAUAUGGUGCGGAACACCUCCUUCGACUUUUUGUAGAAAUACCCAAUCUGUUAGGGGAGACGAAUAUGGACGUUGAAACAAUUAUUGAACUGAUUGCAAAGUUUGAAGAAUUUCUAAGGUAA